CAGGAUCUAAACGCUCGGUGAUUUUCAACCGACAAUUGAUUCGCUGGGUAAAGCUUGAGUAUGGAGCAGCUGCAGACAGCAUUGACCGCUAUCAAGGUGCUCCGUUCCAACGUUGGACAAGUGUUCGAUUCCCUUGGAAAUGGCUUACGGGCAGAGCAUGGAGAGGAGAAUAAAGAAUCCAAGUAUUUGUUUGAGUUACAGGAACUGUUGACCACUGUGAAUGUUAAUUUGAGGGACGUAGAACAGGCGAUAAGUAGUUUAAAUCCUCCACCAGGUCCAUUUAAUUUAGCUAGCACGACUUACCUUAGUCAAGAGACUACACAAGAAAGACAAGCGUUGUAUAGCACACUUGUUAACAGUUACAAAUGGACAGAUAAAAUUCACGAAUAUAGUAACGUUGCUCAAUCCUUGCUUAGUCAAAACUCACUAAAGAGAUCUUACACAAGUUCAAGUAGAACAAAAAGAGGAAGAUACCAAACCAGCAAUCAUAAUGUACCUCAGACGCAAGUUGACUCUAUGAUAUCAACGUUUGAUCGACUAUUCAACGAUAUGACAGUAUCCGUGUCUCGUCCGUUUGCAUCGAAUGCAGUGUUACAUGUUACAUUGGGACAUGUCUUAAAAGCAGUAAUAGCGUUUAAGGGAUUGAUGAUUGAGCGGGUAGUAGUAAAGGGUUAUGGUGAAACGAUGGACCUAUGGACGGAGUCUAGACAUAAAGUCUUCCGUAAAGUAACGGAAAACGCGCAUGCCGCGAUGUUGCACUUCUAUUCGCCUACGUUACCCGAGUUAGCAGUGCGAUCAUUUAUGACAUGGUUUCAUAGUUUAAUCAAUUUAUUCAGCGAGCCGUGCAAACGCUGUGGCUUGUAUUUGCACAGUGCACUUCCGCCGACUUGGAGAGACUUCCGAACUUUGGAGCCUUAUCAUCAGGAGUGCAAACCAUAA